GGAGGCGACUCAACACGGCCGCUUUCAAACCUCUUUCUCUCUCUCUGGUUCUCUCUCUCUCUCUUUCUCUCCUCGCCCCCUGCUCCCUCAUCUUCCUCCUCCACCUCCCUCCCUCCUCUUCCUCCUACCUGAUUCAGAUCCGCUCCGACGCUAUGCGUAUGACCGCGUCUCUCUCUGCAAGGCGAGCACCACCGGAGAGACCCGCGCGCUGCUGCUGCUGCUGCCGCCGCCGCUGCCGCUGACCGCCGGCCCCGCGAGCACCAACACGCCGGCUGACGAGCGACCGACGCCGGGCAACAGGAGAGGGAGACACCGCCGCUGAUUUAACCUCCGCGGGGGGAGAAGGAGGAAGACAUUACCGGGCGAAGACUCCUGGAUAGAGAGAGAUCGGCGAGAGUGUGGCGUCCCGGAGCCGGCUGUCCCAUCCGUCAUCCUCUCUUUCCUCCACUUAGCCGAGCUUUCACCUCCCGAAACUCCACUCUGUCCUCCUCCCACUCUCUUUUUUUUUAAUCCAGAAGUGCUCCUCUCUUCCCCACCUGCGCCUCAUCGCUCUCCCUGUCCUCUUCUUCGAGCUCGUCAUGGCGUCCAAGCUGAAUCCAAACGUCCUGUAUGUGUCGGAGCACGGAGAGUCGCUGGGGUCGCCCCAGGCUGAAUCGGAAAGGACUCAUAUUGCUGGAGAGGCGGGAGAAGAGUCAUCAGACAGCGACGGGGAACAAGAAGAGACGUCACACAAGUUGAUUCGUAAAGUUUCGACCUCGGGACAGAUCCGAGCCAAGAAAAGUGUGAAGGAGGGAAUCCUGUUAAAGCAGACCAGCUCCUUUCAGAGAUGGAAGAGGAGGUACUUCAAACUCAGAGGGAGGACCCUCUACUAUGCCAAAGACUGCAAGUCUCUGAUUUUUGAUGAAGUAGACCUAUCGGAUGCCAGUGUGGCUGAAACCAGCACCAAGAACAUCAACAACAGCUUUACAGUGAUCACUCCUUUCCGUAAACUAAUGCUGUGUGCUGAGAGCAGGAAGGAGAUGGAGGACUGGAUCAGCGCUCUCAAAUCCGUCCAAAAAUGGGAAACCUAUGAGGCCAGCCAGUUCAACGUGGAGCAUUUCUCUGGAAUGCACAACUGGUACGCCUGCUCGCAUGCCAGGCCGACCUUCUGCAACGUCUGCAGGGAGGCUCUGCCGGGGGUCACGUCCCACGGCCUCUCGUGUGAAGUGUGUAAGUUCAAGGCUCAUAAGCGCUGUGCUGUCCGCUCCACCAACAACUGCAAAUGGACCACGCUGGCCUCCAUAGGAAAUGACAUCAUCGAGGACGACGAAGGGGUGUUCAUGCCUCACCAGUGGCUGGAGGGCAACCUGCCGGUCAGUGCCAAAUGUGUGGUGUGUGACAAGAACUGUGGCAGCGUGCGGCGGCUGCAGGACUGGCGCUGCCUCUGGUGCAAAGCCAUUGUCCACAACAGCUGUAAAGAACAAAUGGGAAAAGUCUGUCCCCUGGGUCAGUGUCGAGUGUCCAUCAUCCCUCCAACUGCACUUAACAGCAUCGACUCGGACGGCUUCUGGAAAGCCACCUCAGCGUCAUGCUCUAGUCCUCUCCUGGUCCUCUGCAACUCCAAAAGUGGAGACAACCAGGGGGUGAAGUUCCUCCGCAAGUUCAAACAGCUCCUAAACCCAGCCCAGGUCUUUGACCUGAUGAAUGGAGGACCAGAGCUCGGCCUGCGCCUCUUCCAGAAGUUUGUGACGUUUCGUAUCCUGGUGUGCGGAGGAGACGGCAGCGUGGGCUGGGUGCUCUCAGAGCUUGAUAAACUCAACCUCCAUAAACAGUGCCAGCUGGGUGUCCUCCCUCUUGGCACAGGUAAUGAUCUGGCUCGUGUCCUCGGUUGGGGAGGUCUCUGUGAUGACGAUGCUCAGCUGCUGCAAAUCUUGGAGAAACUGGAGAGAGCCACCACCAAAAUGCUCGACCGGUGGAGUGUGAUGACUUACGAGGUGCCCACCAGUGCUAAACGCACACCGAUCGUGAAAGAAGACGACAGCCUCGAUUCUCCUCUGCAGGUCCACAUCACUCAGUAUGCAGACUCCGUGGCCUCCCACCUCGCCAAGAUUCUCGACUCGGACAAACACAGUGAUGUCAUUUCCUCUGCCAAGUUCCUGUGUGGGACGGUGAAUGAUUUUGUGGCGGAGGUGGGGAAGGCUUAUGAGAGAGCCACAGAGAACAAGGAGGAGGCCGACGCCAUGGCGAAGAAGUGCGCUUUGCUGAAUGAGAAGCUCGAUUCUCUCGUCAAGGCCUUAAGUGAAGAAGCCGAGGCCCAGGUGGUGCCAGCAGGGUCAGUGCCCAGCCAGGAGAGUGGCGGCUCCAGCCCAGGGGAAAGUGGCGGGGAGUCAGGUUCAGAGGGUAAAACAUACCGGUCCAAGGAGCAGCUGAUGCUCAGAGCUAACAGCCUGAAGAAAGCCCUGAGGCAGAUCAUUGAACAGGCAGAAAAAGUGGUAGACGAGCAGAAUCGUCACACGCAGGUCCAAAGGAUGUCGUCCUCGUCCUCCAUCAAAAGAGAAAACAGCGAGGAGCUGAAGGACACUGAGCUGCGUCAGGGAAGCCUAAGUCCUACCUCCCCAAUCGUCCUUGAGAAGCCAGAGAGCCUCAACACUGUCACCUUCAAUGAAGACUCCGUGCAAUGUUCAGAGAAGUGCGUGAUGAACAACUAUUUUGGAAUCGGCCUGGAUGCCAAAAUUUCCCUCGAAUUCAACAACAAGAGAGAUGAGCACCCGAAAAAAUGCAGUAGUCGCACCAAAAACAUGAUGUGGUAUGGAGUUCUGGGAACUAAAGAGCUGGUCCAGAAGACAUACAAGAACCUCGAGCAGCGGGUUCAGCUGGAGUGUGAUGGUGUUCCCAUGUCUCUGCCGAGUCUGCAGGGCUUGGCUGUACUCAACAUCCCCAGUUAUGCAGGCGGUAUCAACUUCUGGGGAGGAACUAAGGAGGAUAAUAACUUUGGAGCUCCCUCCUUUGAUGAUAAGAAGUUGGAGGUGGUGGCGGUGUUUGGCAGCAUGCAGAUGGCAAUGUCAAGAGUCAUCAACCUGCAGCACCACCGCAUUGCACAGUGUCGACAGGUGAAGAUCACCAUCCUGGGGGAGGAGGGCGUCCCUGUGCAGGUGGAUGGAGAAGCCUGGAUCCAGCCGCCUGGCAUCGUAAAGAUCGUCCACAAGAACCGAGCACAGAUGCUCACCAGAGACAGGGCGUUCGAGAGCACUCUGAAGUCAUGGGAGGACAAGAGGAAGAUCGACAGCUACCGCGCCUCCAGGCCCCGCCUCAACUCCCAGCAGUCCAUGGAGUAUCUGACAGAGGAGGAGUGCGCUCAGGUGCAGCAGCUGGGACUCGUGGCCGACACUCUUAUCAACAAGAUCAGAGAGGCAGCCAAGACCCACAAGCUGGUGGAGCAGGAGCUGGCGCACGCCGUCAACGCCACCGCCCUGGUGCUCACCGAGGCCAAACUGUCCAGCCCCGAGUGUCUGAGUCGCAGCACGGCCGUGGAAAUCGUCAACAGCAGUAAAGUCCUGCAGGCUGAGACCAAGAUGCUCCUGGAUGGAAAACUACUGACUCCAUGUGGUCAUCCUCCACAGUCUGAGUGUGCGGAGGAAGAGGAGCUACGGUCGACUCUGAACAGCCUCAGCGCUGAACUUCACAAACUGGACGACAUCCACUGGAUCUGUCCGCUGAUGCAGUGCUCUGAAGAGGACUCAGUGAGGGGCAGCAGCAAGAGCAGCAGCAGUAUGAAGCUGAAGAUCAUUCCCAAAGUAAAGAAGGAGAGAGAGAAGCUCCACAAGCAGAAGUCAAACAGCUCUCUCUCAGGAACUUGGGACAUCAAAGGUGGGGCUGGUGAGACGGAUUCUCCGGGAAACUGAAGUCCUAAUGAGGUGCUUUUAUUUCUGCUCCUUGUUACCUUGACAGUCGGGGGGUGAGAAGCUCCUCCCCUCCGAUCGUGAUACCUGGUGGCCUGUCAGAGGUGUGAGGAAGAAAUGAGAAAACCAUCUUCCCAACUUUUACACCAUUUCCCACCGUUUUUGAAGUCUUUCUCCCCGUUCUUCUCGGAUGGAGGAUGAAGGUGUUCCUUCAGGUGUUUUUGUUCAUUGUGUUUGACUUAUUUUGAAGGGGCCUGGCUUUGCAUCGCUUCACCGUUGGGCGUUCUGCUUCAUUUACCUGCUUGAGUUCGGAUGUUUUCGUGGCCAGCAGCAAAUCAAACCAAGGAAGGAACGGAAGAAGUCCUUGCAAUUUUUUUUUUUUGGUUUAAAUCGACGAAGAAAUGUGUUUACGUGGUGCUCUCUUUGCAUGUCGAGUGCAGCCGUCUUAUUUUCUAUCAUAAGUUGUUACAGAUUCUCUUCUCUACUUUGAAUCCUUUAUUCUUAACUUACAGCCUUUAGACUUUGAUUUUUCUCCAGACUUUUGAAGAUUAUUUAUUAUUUGUUGUUGCUACUGCCAUGAGAACUCAAACGGCAACAAAUCAAGGAAAAUGAACAAACUGAAACAUCUUAUCGUCUACUGAACUGGGAAAUAUCUUAAAUGUUGCAAAAAAUACCCUGAGGAAUGUACUCGUGUGGACUUGUAUUAUUAACCUGUGAAUAAUGAUAAUGUUAAAUGAAACAACAUAUAAGAUUUCACAAAGGUUCUAUUGUUGUGGUUCUAAAGUGGUUCUUAAAUAGGCUGUCGUCUGACUUGUGCUGUCUGAGGCUAUGCAGUCACACUGCAAAAAUAGAGUCAUUUUGUCUGGAAAUGAGCCUUAUAUAAAUCCAAGAGUGAUGGAUUUGAUGUACGGUACAGGUCUGCUUCAUCAGUCGUAGACUGGAGUGUUUUAAGAACCAUUUUGUAGUACAGAACCAGACAAAAUGACUCGAUAAGUUGGAUAUUUUUGGCAGUGUAAGGUGAAGGUGUUUACAGAAGGAGGAAGCAUCAAGGACACUUUGAUAAAACAUUACAGCUACUCAGUAUAUUACUCCUACUUUGCCAUACUGCUGAUUGUAUAUUUAACAUAGGAAUAAGAGUCAGUGGAUAUUUAAUUUUGCCUUGUCCGUGGUUAAAAGCUAUUAUUAUAUUAAUAUUACUGCAAAAAUCUUAUCUAUUUUUUUGUAUAUCUUAUUUUCCAAAUGCUGAUCUGCUUUGCUGCUUCCCCCUUUGACAAACUCCUUGGCCACUGUGCAUAUAAUCAAAGCCAAUUAAUGCUGUUCUGUGUGUCUCUGCAUGCAAACUUAGAUCUACUGCGCCUCACAGUGACGGUGAUCGUUGCCUCAAAAAGUGAACCUAAGCUCGCUUCUUUUAAACUACUCUACAUUAGAUGGUCAGGAUUUUGACUCUUAAAUGUCUGUUUAAUACUUGACUGUUUCAUCCGCACAUUAAGGGAAUGUAUUGAUUCAAAGCCUGACUAUCGUACAGCUCAUGACAGGAUUAUAUUUUCAACGCUGGUAUUAAAUGUGCUGCUUUGUGGAACCAGCAUCAUUUUACAAGUUUACGAAUUCUUCCACUCUGGUUUUGCAGAAAUUUUCUUGAAAGAAAUGAUGGGAUAUUUAGGGAAUUGAGCUAAUUUGCUGUUAUACUAUAAGAUAGACAUCAAUAUGAAUACAUUUUUAAAAUCUAAGCAUCCAGAAAGAGCUGAAAAGAAAAGACUUCCAGUGACUUCACAUGACAUAAAUAUGUAUUUUUCUUUUAAGAGGAAAAAGGAGGAAUCACUUUCAAUUUAAAGUGAAAUAUGCCCUCCAGCUUCCCAAGAAUGUUCUUAAAAUUUCAUAAGUUGGAGCAGGGACAGUAAAAGUGCAUUUAUGUUCUCUUUAUUUUCUCAGAAAUUAGAGGAAAUUUCUGCUGUAUUUUAAAAACGUUUCAUUGUGCUUAGUUUGAACAUUUGGCUUCAUUGUUCAACACUGCCCCAUUAUAAGCGGUGAUAUUGCAACAUUUGGUCCAUAUCCACAAGCUUAAAGAGAAUUUGCAGAAAUACAUGCAAAAUGAAUGCAUUGUACCAACAGAAAGUUCUGUCUGAAGCUGUGUCUGUUUUAAACCAAACAUAAAUGAGGCUUAAUUCCCCAACCAUGGUAACCUGAAAAUUGCUCGUCAAGUGGACUUCUUUAGUUGUCCAAAUUUACUACGAUACUGCAAGAUAUCUUUAUCAUUACCAUAAAAGGUAAACUGAGAAAUUGGGAAAGCCACAUUACAGCAAUACAGAUUUAAAGUUAGUCAAGAGACGUCCAAACAAAAUAUAUCAAAAAUGCACAAAACUCCUGAAAAAUUCCAGAAUUUUCUGGACAUGCUGCAUGUGUUAAACACAGCUUUUUCUUCCAUCCAAACUUUAACCAGAAAAAAAACUGUUAUUUCAGAGGCAGAGCUCCUGAAAUUCUCUAGAAAUUUCCUGGAAUGCAUGUGUGGAAACAGCUGAAGAAAAUGAAACAAAAAACAAAAUACACAACAAAACUCAUGAUAAACACUAAAAAAUAAAAGUCCCUCAGUUUGAGUCAUUAUGUGUGCCCUUCAGACACAAAUGUCGUAAACCAAAAUACUCUCAUUUCAUAUUUUCAGAAAUUAGCCUUUUUCAUCAUGACAAUAGGACUAUUAGCUGUAAAUAACCUAAACAUUCUCAAAACUAAAUUUAGCCUCAUUGGGUUGUCAUGAUUUCCAACAAAGCUAUAACAGGUAACCUUGUCCAGGAUGAAAGUCCAUAUAACAUGGUGGCUCAUCCAGGAUGAAAGUCUGUGUACUAUGGGGGUUUUACAAGAUGAAAGUCCAUGUAACAUGGUGGCUUGUCCAAGAUAAAAGUACAUGUACUAUGGGGGCUUGUACAGGAUGAAAGUCCAUGUAACAUAGUGGCUUAUCCAGGAUGAAAGUCCAUGUACUAUGGGGGCCCAUCAAGGAUGAAAGUCCAUGUAACAUGUUGGUUCGUCCAGGAUGAAAAUCCAUGUACUAUGGGGGCUCGUCCAGGAUGAAAGUCCCUGUAACAUGGUGGCUUAUCCAGGAUGAAAGUCCAUGUACUAUGGGGGCUCGUCCAGGAUGAAAGUCCCUGUAACAUGGUGGCUCAUCCAGGAUGAAAGUCCAUGUAACAUGGUGGCUCGUUCAGGAUGAAAGUCCAUUAAAGGAGACCCCAUGUUAUACUUUAUGGUUGAUAAAGAAAAUAAUGCUGUUAGCUAAAAUCUUGCGAGUGUUUGUUUGUAUAUCAGCUCAUCUUAUAAUCCAUAUUCAAUAGUCUGUGUUCCUCAAACUAACUUUUAUUCUGGUUCUCUCACUGUGAGGCGCUGUAGAUGUUCAGCUCUGGUAGGAUUGUGCUCUUGUAUCCAUAGUGUGCCAGCUAUACGCUCUACACCUUAGCGGCUUUAGUGGUGUUGUGCCAAGUUUGUACUGAGUUCAGUGAGACAUACAAGGAACGAGUGCGAGAGUGAGUUAGCUUCGAAUGUUGUUGUAUGUCGUACAUUUCAAAGUUUACUGUAUCUUGCCUUGCACUUUACGAAAACGCAACUUAAUGGGGAAAAAAGACAUUAGUGUGCAUGUGUGCGCGUGUUUAAGAUUUUGAGUGUUUUUUAACUUAAUUUGAUGAUAAAAAAUCUUUUAUUUAUGAUAAAUGUAUACGGACAAAAGUGUGUUGAUAAAAUGUAAUAUAUCUAACCAAACAUUCAUGAAUGAUAAAUAUGUAUACACAAAUGUUUAUUACAUCAGUGGUUGUACAAUUACUCCCACAGCAGCUUGAGAUUUCCCAUUCAACACCAAUGUGAUUACAUGUUUUUCCACUGCCACAAAAAUGUCAUCAAAGUGUCUUUUCACAGUCACACCAAUUGGUAUUUAAAUAGUAACAAAAGAUAUUUAACCACUCCAACUUUAAGCCAAAGUAAAUGGGAUUCUCCAGUGUUAUUAUAGCAGACUACUGAUGAAAUGUUUACACAGAAAAAAGAUGUCAUAUUCAGCCUAUGUUUAGCCAAUAUUUGGGUGAACAUUUGUGUAUCAUUUUGAAAUUGAAACAUCUGUUCAAACUUAUGCUUUACUUGCCAUUUGUUGUGCUGAAAGUGAACUCAAGUUGUGUCAAGUUUCCACACACGUUGGUGGAAGCCAUUUAGGAAUACAACAGAAUUUGUUGCCUAUGUUUAAACAGUUUUUUAACCAAGGAUUUCAGUUUGUUUUAGUAACACAUCUUAAUUUGUCAGUUUUUAUUCUUUUUGUGAAUGUGUUCUGUUUUCAUACAGCAAAAAUGUCACAUUUGACUGAAACUCUUCCAAGGAGUUACGUGGAGCUGAAAAGGGAAGAAAAAAAAAAGUGAAUUGAAGCGACACUCCACCACGAUUGUGCAACAGUAUUCCAUUUUACGACAUUUGUGAACGCACCUCUUGAUCAGAUCAGCCUAUUAUAUUGAGACUGUGUGCGCAAUGCUGGAAGCCAGACUAGAUGUUGCACGACCUUGUACGUUGCGAGGUGUUUUAUUGUGUUAUCGUGUGCAGUGUGUAACAAAGACAAAGUCAGCGCAAACUCUUGGAAAAUUAAAUGAAUUAUUGA